GACGCGCGCGCCGUCUGGGGCGCGCACGCAGGGCGGGCCGUGCGGGGGCGCGCGCGUGCGCAGGCGACGCGCGGAGGGACGAGGCAGAGCAGGGGAGCCGCCGCGAAGUCCCUCUCGGUCCACGCCGCCGGUCGCGCCGCCCGCCCAGUGUCCGCUGCCGCCAUGGGAGUGCAGGUGGAGACCAUCUCCCCCGGGGACGGGCGCACCUUCCCGAAGCGCGGCCAGACCUGCGUGGUGCACUACACCGGGAUGCUUGAAGAUGGAAAGAAAUUUGAUUCCUCCCGGGACAGAAACAAGCCCUUUAAGUUUAUGCUAGGCAAGCAGGAGGUGAUCCGAGGCUGGGAAGAAGGGGUUGCCCAGAUGAGUGUGGGUCAGAGAGCCAAACUGACUAUAUCUCCAGACUACGCGUAUGGCGCUACUGGGCACCCAGGCAUCAUCCCACCGCAUGCUACUCUCAUCUUUGACGUGGAGCUUCUGAAACUUGAAUGACAAGAAUGGCCUCCUCCCUUAGCUCCCUGUUCUUGGAUCGGCCAUGGAGGGAUCUGGCGCCUCCAGACGUGUGCACACGAAUCCAUACGGAGCUUUUCCUGAUGUUCCACUACACUCUGUAUAAACAUCCACCCCGACUGAAUGUGUUCUGUCACUCAGCUUUGCUUCCGACACCUCCAGUGCCCCUUCCCCUUUCUCCUUGUAUGUGUGUUUACCUAGACUAUAUGCCAUAAACCUCAAGUUACUCAUUUUAUUUUGUUUUCAUUUUGGGGUGAAGAUUCAGUUUCAGUCUUUUGGACCUAGGUUUCCAAUUAAGUAUAUGGUCAAGUAUUAACAGCACAAGUUAUGGGUUAACUUUAGAAUAGGAAUUGGUGUUUUUUUCGGGGGGGGGUGGGGUUGCAAGAAUCUAUUUUAUUUUAUUUUUUUGGAUGAAAUUUUUAUCUAUUAUAUAUUAAACAUUCUUGCUGCUGCGCUGCAAAGCCAUAGCAGAUUUGAGGCGCUGUUGAGGGCUGAAUUAUUCUCCAAGUUGAGAAAUGUCCUUGGGUUAAAUUAAAAGCCCUACCCAAAACUGAAGUGGGAGGGGGAGAGCCUUUGCCUCCCCCAGCCCCACCUCACCCCUCCCCUUAAACCCUCUGCCUUUUGAAAGCAGGUCAUUUUCACUGCGACAUUGGACACUACAGGUAUCUGUCCCUGGGCCAGCAGGGACCUCUGAAGCCUUCUUCGUGGCCUGGCUUAGUUUUUUUUUUUCCAUCCUGUCGUUUUUCUAAUGGACUUUCAGGAAUUUUGUAAUCUCGUAACUUUCCAAGCUCCACCACUUCCUAAAAUUUAAGAACUUUAAUCGAAAGUCUAAAUUGAAGGUGCUGUUUGUAGACUUAACACCCAAUGAAAGCCCAGUCAUCAUGACAAAUCCUUGAAUGUUCUCUUAAGAAAAUGAUGCUGGUCAUCGCAGCUUCAGCAUCUCCUGUUUUUUGAUGCUUGGCUCCCUCUGCUGAUCUCGAAGUUUCCUGACUUUCUCCCGCAGCUCCUUCUCACCCCUUUGCUGUCCUGUGUAGUGAUUUGGUGAGAGAAAUUGUUGCUGCCCCUCUCCCCCCCAGCACCACAUAUGAGUUUCAAGUUUUAUUAUUGCAAUAAAAGUGCUUUAUGCUGGCUUUUCUCA